AUGGCUGAGGGAGUGAUUUCGGAGAAUACUCAUGGUAAAUCCAGAAAAGCCGACGCCCACAUCGCCAGACUUCGGGCAAACCGCAACCUGAACACAAUUGUCGUCGGCCAUUCACACCUGGGCGAUGCAGGAUGCGAAAGGCUCUUUGAUUGGCUAACCGCGGGAGAUCACAACUCUGAAGGAACAGCUGGGGAGUCCCGAGCAGCUCUAGACGAAGAGACGAUUCAAGACGGCUAUCUGACUGAAUUUCAGUUUCCGAGGUCAAUGGCGACUCUGGAGCUCAACGACGUCGGCAUGGGAGACAUUGGUUUUACAGCUCUUGUUCGUUGGUUAGAAAGUGUGAAGGAGAGAGCCAAGGCGUUUCCAGUGAAUUUAUCUGGCGGAGAAGAACCGCUAAGGAAGCUCAAUCUACGAUAUAACCCGAUACAUGGAACGGCAGAUUUGGCUCAAGCUUUCAUCUCUUCGUUGACCCUCUCCACAUCAACUCCGACGUCUACCAUUUCUUCCCUUGUACUGUCCAACAUCCCACUAUCGGCAGAAUUCAGGCAAAUCCUCCUUUCCUCGCUACAUCUACUACCAUCCCUCCGCCAACUAUAUCUCUCAAUAACUGGUCUAACCAGGUCAGACGCGAAACUUCUUGCCAAGUACUUCGGUCAUCCGGAAGGAAGGUGCAAGCUUGUUGAAUUUUAUGCGAACGCCAACACGAUGCAAUACGGUGGUGUCAAAGAGAUCGUCAAAGCGAUGAAGAACUGCUGGAGUCUGGAACGGGUGGACAUGUAUGCUAAUGGCUUCGUUGGCGGCGAUGCUGCUGACCGGAACGAGGAAGACGAAGACCCUGACAAAGAUGAGGAUGAUUUGGAGCGAGAGGCGAAGUCGCUUCCAGGAAUUACACUCCUGCAGCCGCCGAUCGCUAGCUCAACGGGCAGUGCAUGCGGAUGGCCUGGACUCGAGGUUCUGCUGAAAAAUAUUAUGACGAGGAACACGUUCCUCAAGCGACAAACAGCGGAGCAAGCACUACAGCUUCUGAAAUACUCUAGAAUCCUUCUACGACCCGAAGCCCCCUGUCCAACAGCGUCAUCACCACAAACUCAGCGUUCUGGCGAUUGCACCGGCGCUUCUCGACCGUCUACGACACCACCUACUCCGACCACCGCCUUACCACAUAGAUCCUUUCGUUCUCUGCCCACCGAAAUCCAACUCGCCAUCCUGUCUUCUCUUGCCCCCAUCUUAUCAUCUGUUCAACGGAUACGCAUAUUUGAACACGCAGCGGACAGGCGAACUCUUCCCAAACUCGUCCUCUGCCUCCCAUCUAGGAGCCUGAGCGGUUCUUCCCGCUCACAUUGCGUUCCGGAUCCUGGCAGUCUCGCGUUUAGUGGUGGGAUCAUUAGUCAAGGCAAGAAAGUCGGGCAGCUGGGUCGGGUGCCAGAAGCGAACCCUGGUCAGCAUCAGACAUAUGCUGGAGGAGCUUGCAUGGGCUCGAACGCUGUUGUUUGCCAGAGCAGAACCCACAGACAGAAUUUUCUCGAUUCCGUUGGGUGUGAUUUAUAUGAUCCCGCAGAAUAA